AUGCCCAGGCCUUCCUGGCCUCCAGGGCUCAAGACGUAUGCCAACUUUCCAGAAGCACCUCAGGAGGAGGCUUCUCUCAGCAAUAGGCUCAAGACGUAUGCCAACUUUCCAGAAGCACCUCAGGAGGAGGCUUCUCUCAGCAAUAGGCUCAAGACGUAUGCCAACUUCCCAGAAGCACCUCAGGAGGAGGCUUCUCUCAGCAAUAGGCUCAAGACGUAUGCCAACUUUCCAGAAGCACCUCAGGAGGAGGCUUCUCUCAGCAAUAGGCUCAAGACGUAUGCCAACUUCCCAGAAGCACCUCAGGAGGAGGCUUCUCUCAGCAAUAGGCUCAAGACGUAUGCCAACUUCCCAGAAGCACCUCAGGAGGAGGCUUCUCUCAGCAAUAGGCUCAAGACGUAUGCCAACUUCCCAGAAGCACCUCAGGAGGAGGCUUCUCUCAGCAAUAGGCUCAAGACGUAUGCCAACUUCCCAGAAGCACCUCAGGAGGAGGCUUCUCUCAGCAAUAGGCUCAAGACGUAUGCCAACUUCCCAGAAGCACCUCAGGAGGAGGCUUCUCUCAGCAAUAGGCUCAAGACGUAUGCCAACUUCCCAGAAGCACCUCAGGAGGAGGCUUCUCUCAACAAUAGGCUCAAGACGUAUGCCAACUUCCCAGAAGCACCUCAGGAGGAGGCUUCUCUCAGCAAUAGGCUCAAGACGUAUGCCAACUUCCCAGAAGCACCUCAGGAGGAGGCUUCUCUCAGCAAUAGGCUCAAGACGUAUGCCAACUUCCCAGAAGCACCUCAGGAGGAGGCUUCUCUCAGCAAUAGGCUCAAGACGUAUGCCAACUUCCCAGAAGCACCUCAGGAGGAGGCUUCUCUCAGCAAUAGGCUCAAGACGUAUGCCAACUUCCCAGAAGCACCUCAGGAGGAGGCUUCUCUCAGCAAUAGGCUCAAGACGUAUGCCAACUUCCCAGAAGCACCUCAGGAGGAGGCUUCUCUCAGCAAUAGGCUCAAGACGUAUGCCAACUUCCCAGAAGCACCUCAGGAGGAGGCUUCUCUCAGCAAUAGGCUCAAGACGUAUGCCAACUUCCCAGAAGCACCUCAGGAGGAGGCUUCUCUCAGCAAUAGGCUCAAGACGUAUGCCAACUUCCCAGAAGCACCUCAGGAGGAGGCUUCUCUCAGCAAUAGGCUCAAGACGUAUGCCAACUUCCCAGAAGCACCUCAGGAGGAGGCUUCUCUCAGCAAUAGGCUCAAGACGUAUGCCAACUUCCCAGAAGCACCUCAGGAGGAGGCUUCUCUCAGCAAUAGGCUCAAGACGUAUGCCAACUUCCCAGAAGCACCUCAGGAGGAGGCUUCUCUCAGCAAUAGGCUCAAGACGUAUGCCAACUUCCCAGAAACACCUCAGGAGGAGGCUUCUCUCAGCAAUAGGCUCAAGACGUAUGCCAACUUCCCAGAAGCACCUCAGGAGGAGGCUUCUCUCAGCAAUAGGCUCAAGACGUAUGCCAACUUCCCAGAAGCACCUCAGGAGGAGGCUUCUCUCAGCAAUAGGCUCAAGACGUAUGCCAACUUCCCAGAAGCACCUCAGGAGGAGGCUCCUCUCAGCAAUAGGCUCAAGACGUAUGCCAACUUCCCAGAAGCACCUCAGGAGGAGGCUUCUCUCAGCAAUAGGCUCAAGACGUAUGCCAACUUCCCAGAAGCACCUCAGGAGGAGGCUUCUCUCAGCAAUAGGCUCAAGACGUAUGCCAACUUCCCAGAAGCACCUCAGGAGGAGGCUUCUCUCAGCAAUAGGCUCAAGACGUAUGCCAACUUCCCAGAAGCACCUCAGGAGGAGGCUUCUCUCAGCAAUAGGCUCAAGACGUAUGCCAACUUCCCAGAAGCACCUCAGGAGGAGGCUUCUCUCAGCAAUAGGCUCAAGACGUAUGCCAACUUCCCAGAAGCACCUCAGGAGGAGGCUUCUCUCAGCAAUAGGCUCAAGACGUAUGCCAACUUCCCAGAAGCACCUCAGGAGGAGGCUCCUCUCAGCAAUAGGCUCAAGACGUAUGCCAACUUCCCAGAAGCACCUCAGGAGGAGGCUCCUCUCAGCAAUAGGCUCAAGACGUAUGCCAACUUCCCAGAAGCACCUCAGGAGGAGGCUUCUCUCAGCAAUAGGCUCAAGACGUAUGCCAACUUCCCAGAAGCACCUCAGGAGGAGGCUCCUCUCAGCAAUAGGCUCAAGACGUAUGCCAACUUCCCAGAAGCACCUCAGGAGGAGGCUUCUCUCAGCAAUAGGCUCAAGACGUAUGCCAACUUCCCAGAAGCACCUCAGGAGGAGGCUUCUCUCAGCAAUAGGCUCAAGACGUAUGCCAACUUCCCAGAAGCACCUCAGGAGGAGGCUUCUCUCAGCAAUAGGCUCAAGACGUAUGCCAACUUCCCAGAAGCACCUCAGGAGGAGGCUUCUCUCAGCAAUAGGCUCAAGACGUAUGCCAACUUCCCAGAAGCACCUCAGGAGGAGGCUUCUCUCAGCAAUAGGCUCAAGACGUAUGCCAACUUCCCAGAAGCACCUCAGGAGGAGGCUUCUCUCAGCAAUAGGCUCAAGACGUAUGCCAACUUCCCAGAAGCACCUCAGGAGGAGGCUUCUCUCAGCAAUAGGCUCAAGACGUAUGCCAACUUCCCAGAAGCACCUCAGGAGGAGGCUUCUCUCAGCAAUAGGCUCAAGACGUAUGCCAACUUCCCAGAAGCACCUCAGGAGGAGGCUUCUCUCAGCAAUAGGCUCAAGACGUAUGCCAACUUCCCAGAAGCACCUCAGGAGGAGGCUUCUCUCAGCAAUAGGCUCAAGACGUAUGCCAACUUCCCAGAAGCACCUCAGGAGGAGGCUUCUCUCAGCAAUAGGCUCAAGACGUAUGCCAACUUCCCAGAAGCACCUCAGGAGGAGGCUUCUCUCAGCAAUAGGCUCAAGACGUAUGCCAACUUCCCAGAAGCACCUCAGGAGGAGGCUUCUCUCAGCAAUAGGCUCAAGACGUAUGCCAACUUCCCAGAAGCACCUCAGGAGGAGGCUUCUCUCAGCAAUAGGCUCAAGACGUAUGCCAACUUCCCAGAAGCACCUCAGGAGGAGGCUUCUCUCAGCAAUAGGCUCAAGACGUAUGCCAACUUCCCAGAAGCACCUCAGGAGGAGGCUUCUCUCAGCAAUAGGCUCAAGACGUAUGCCAACUUCCCAGAAGCACCUCAGGAGGAGGCUUCUCUCAGCAAUAGGCUCAAGACGUAUGCCAACUUCCCAGAAGCACCUCAGGAGGAGGCAUCUCUCAGCAAUAGGCUCAAGACGUAUGCCAACUUCCCAGAAGCACCUCAGGAGGAGGCUCCUCUCAGCAAUAGGCUCAAGACGUAUGCCAACUUCCCAGAAGCACCUCAGGAGGAGGCUCCUCUCAGCAAUAGGCUCAAGACGUAUGCCAACUUCCCAGAAGCACCUCAGGAGGAGGCUUCUCUCAGCAAUAGGCUCAAGACGUAUGCCAACUUCCCAGAAGCACCUCAGGAGGAGGCUUCUCUCAGCAAUAGGCUCAAGACGUAUGCCAACUUCCCAGAAGCACCUCAGGAGGAGGCUUCUCUCAGCAAUAGGCUCAAGACGUAUGCCAACUUCCCAGAAGCACCUCAGGAGGAGGCUUCUCUCAGCAAUAGGCUCAAGACGUAUGCCAACUUCCCAGAAGCACCUCAGGAGGAGGCUUCUCUCAGCAAUAGGCUCAAGACGUAUGCCAACUUCCCAGAAGCACCUCAGGAGGAGGCUUCUCUCAGCAAUAGGCUCAAGACGUAUGCCAACUUCCCAGAAGCACCUCAGGAGGAGGCUUCUCUCAGCAAUAGGCUCAAGACGUAUGCCAACUUCCCAGAAGCACCUCAGGAGGAGGCUUCUCUCAGCAAUAGGCUCAAGACGUAUGCCAACUUCCCAGAAGCACCUCAGGAGGAGGCUUCUCUCAGCAAUAGGCUCAAGACGUAUGCCAACUUCCCAGAAGCACCUCAGGAGGAGGCUUCUCUCAGCAAUAGGCUCAAGACGUAUGCCAACUUCCCAGAAGCACCUCAGGAGGAGGCUUCUCUCAGCAAUAGGCUCAAGACGUAUGCCAACUUCCCAGAAGCACCUCAGGAGGAGGCUUCUCUCAGCAAUAGGCUCAAGACGUAUGCCAACUUCCCAGAAGCACCUCAGGAGGAGGCUUCUCUCAGCAAUAGGCUCAAGACGUAUGCCAACUUCCCAGAAGCACCUCAGGAGGAGGCUUCUCUCAGCAAUAGGCUCAAGACGUAUGCCAACUUCCCAGAAGCACCUCAGGAGGAGGCUUCUCUCAGCAAUAGGCUCAAGACGUAUGCCAACUUCCCAGAAGCACCUCAGGAGGAGGCUUCUCUCAGCAAUAGGCUCAAGACGUAUGCCAACUUCCCAGAAGCACCUCAGGAGGAGGCUUCUCUCAGCAAUAGGCUCAAGACGUAUGCCAACUUCCCAGAAGCACCUCAGGAGGAGGCUUCUCUCAGCAAUAGGCUCAAGACGUAUGCCAACUUCCCAGAAGCACCUCAGGAGGAGGCUUCUCUCAGCAAUAGGCUCAAGACGUAUGCCAACUUCCCAGAAGCACCUCAGGAGGAGGCAUCUCUCAGCAAUAGGCUCAAGACGUAUGCCAACUUCCCAGAAGCACCUCAGGAGGAGGCUCCUCUCAGCAAUAGGCUCAAGACGUAUGCCAACUUCCCAGAAGCACCUCAGGAGGAGGCUCCUCUCAGCAAUAGGCUCAAGACGUAUGCCAACUUCCCAGAAGCACCUCAGGAGGAGGCUUCUCUCAGCAAUAGGCUCAAGACGUAUGCCAACUUCCCAGAAGCACCUCAGGAGGAGGCUUCUCUCAGCAAUAGGCUCAAGACGUAUGCCAACUUCCCAGAAGCACCUCAGGAGGAGGCUUCUCUCAGCAAUAGGCUCAAGACGUAUGCCAACUUCCCAGAAGCACCUCAGGAGGAGGCUUCUCUCAGCAAUAGGCUCAAGACGUAUGCCAACUUCCCAGAAGCACCUCAGGAGGAGGCUUCUCUCAGCAAUAGGCUCAAGACGUAUGCCAACUUCCCAGAAGCACCUCAGGAGGAGGCUCCUCUCAGCAAUAGGCUCAAGACGUAUGCCAACUUCCCAGAAGCACCUCAGGAGGAGGCUCCUCUCAGCAAUAGGCUCAAGACGUAUGCCAACUUCCCAGAAGCACCUCAGGAGGAGGCUUCUCUCAGCAAUAGGCUCAAGACGUAUGCCAACUUCCCAGAAGCACCUCAGGAGGAGGCUUCUCUCAGCAAUAGGCUCAAGACGUAUGCCAACUUCCCAGAAGCACCUCAGGAGGAGGCUCCUCUCAGCAAUAGGCUCAAGACGUAUGCCAACUUCCCAGAAGCACCUCAGGAGGAGGCUUCUCUCAGCAAUAGGCUCAAGACGUAUGCCAACUUCCCAGAAGCACCUCAGGAGGAGGCUUCUCUCAGCAAUAGGCUCAAGACGUAUGCCAACUUCCCAGAAGCACCUCAGGAGGAGGCUCCUCUCAGCAAUAGGCUCAAGACGUAUGCCAACUUCCCAGAAGCACCUCAGGAGGAGGCUCCUCUCAGCAAUAGGCUCAAGACGUAUGCCAACUUCCCAGAAGCACCUCAGGAGGAGGCUUCUCUCAGCAAUAGGCUCAAGACGUAUGCCAACUUCCCAGAAGCACCUCAGGAGGAGGCUUCUCUCAGCAAUAGGCUCAAGACGUAUGCCAACUUCCCAGAAGCACCUCAGGAGGAGGCUUCUCUCAGCAAUAGGCUCAAGACGUAUGCCAACUUCCCAGAAGCACCUCAGGAGGAGGCUCCUCUCAGCAAUAGGCUCAAGACGUAUGCCAACUUCCCAGAAGCACCUCAGGAGGAGGCUCCUCUCAGCAAUAGGCUCAAGACGUAUGCCAACUUCCCAGAAGCACCUCAGGAGGAGGCUUCUCUCAGCAAUAGGCUCAAGACGUAUGCCAACUUCCCAGAAGCACCUCAGGAGGAGGCUUCUCUCAGCAAUAGGCUCAAGACGUAUGCCAACUUCCCAGAAGCACCUCAGGAGGAGGCUUCUCUCAGCAAUAGGCUCAAGACGUAUGCCAACUUCCCAGAAGCACCUCAGGAGGAGGCUCCUCUCAGCAAUAGGCUCAAGACGUAUGCCAACUUCCCAGAAGCACCUCAGGAGGAGGCUCCUCUCAGCAAUAGGCUCAAGACGUAUGCCAACUUCCCAGAAGCACCUCAGGAGGAGGCUUCUCUCAGCAAUAGGCUCAAGACGUAUGCCAACUUCCCAGAAGCACCUCAGGAGGAGGCUUCUCUCAGCAAUAGGCUCAAGACGUAUGCCAACUUCCCAGAAGCACCUCAGGAGGAGGCUUCUCUCAGCAAUAGGCUCAAGACGUAUGCCAACUUCCCAGAAGCACCUCAGGAGGAGGCUCCUCUCAGCAAUAGGCUCAAGACGUAUGCCAACUUCCCAGAAGCACCUCAGGAGGAGGCUCCUCUCAGCAAUAGGCUCAAGACGUAUGCCAACUUCCCAGAAGCACCUCAGGAGGAGGCUUCUCUCAGCAAUAGGCUCAAGACGUAUGCCAACUUCCCAGAAGCACCUCAGGAGGAGGCUUCUCUCAGCAAUAGGCUCAAGACGUAUGCCAACUUCCCAGAAGCACCUCAGGAGGAGGCUUCUCUCAGCAAUAGGCUCAAGACGUAUGCCAACUUCCCAGAAGCACCUCAGGAGGAGGCUCCUCUCAGCAAUAGGCUCAAGACGUAUGCCAACUUCCCAGAAGCACCUCAGGAGGAGGCUUCUCUCAGCAAUAGGCUCAAGACGUAUGCCAACUUCCCAGAAGCACCUCAGGAGGAGGCUUCUCUCAGCAAUAGGCUCAAGACGUAUGCCAACUUCCCAGAAGCACCUCAGGAGGAGGCUUCUCUCAGCAAUAGGCUCAAGACGUAUGCCAACUUCCCAGAAGCACCUCAGGAGGAGGCUUCUCUCAGCAAUAGGCUCAAGACGUAUGCCAACUUCCCAGAAGCACCUCAGGAGGAGGCUUCUCUCAGCAAUAGGCUCAAGACGUAUGCCAACUUCCCAGAAGCACGUCAGGAGGAGGCUUCUCUCAGCAAUAGGCUCAAGACGUAUGCCAACUUCCCAGAAGCACCUCAGGAGGAGGCUUCUCUCAGCAAUAGGCUCAAGACGUAUGCCAAUUUCCCAGAAGCACCUCAGGAGGAGGCUCCUCUCAGCAAUAGGCUCAAGACGUAUGCCAACUUCCCAGAAGCACCUCAGGAGGAGGCUUCUCUCAGCAAUAGGCUCAAGACGUAUGCCAACUUCCCAGAAGCACCUCAGGAGGAGGCUUCUCUCAGCAAUAGGCUCAAGACGUAUGCCAACUUCCCAGAAGCACCUCAGGAGGAGGCUCCUCUCAGCAAUAGGCUCAAGACGUAUGCCAACUUCCCAGAAGCACCUCAGGAGGAGGCUCCUCUCAGCAAUAGGCUCAAGACGUAUGCCAACUUCCCAGAAGCACCUCAGGAGGAGGCUUCUCUCAGCAAUAGGCUCAAGACGUAUGCCAACUUCCCAGAAGCACCUCAGGAGGAGGCUUCUCUCAGCAAUAGGCUCAAGACGUAUGCCAACUUCCCAGAAGCACCUCAGGAGGAGGCUUCUCUCAGCAAUAGGCUCAAGACGUAUGCCAACUUCCCAGAAGCACCUCAGGAGGAGGCUUCUCUCAGCAAUAGGCUCAAGACGUAUGCCAACUUCCCAGAAGCACCUCAGGAGGAGGCUUCUCUCAGCAAUAGGCUCAAGACGUAUGCCAACUUCCCAGAAGCACGUCAGGAGGAGGCUUCUCUCAGCAAUAGGCUCAAGACGUAUGCCAACUUCCCAGAAGCACCUCAGGAGGAGGCUUCUCUCAGCAAUAGGCUCAAGACGUAUGCCAACUUCCCAGAAGCACCUCAGGAGGAGGCUUCUCUCAGCAAUAGGCUCAAGACGUAUGCCAACUUCCCAGAAGCACCUCAGGAGGAGGCUUCUCUCAGCAAUAGGCUCAAGACGUAUGCCAACUUCCCAGAAGCACCUCAGGAGGAGGCUUCUCUCAGCAAUAGGCUCAAGACGUAUGCCAACUUCCCAGAAGCACCUCAGGAGGAGGCUUCUCUCAGCAAUAGGCUCAAGACGUAUGCCAACUUCCCAGAAGCACCUCAGGAGGAGGCUUCUCUCAGCAAUAGGCUCAAGACGUAUGCCAACUUCCCAGAAGCACCUCAGGAGGAGGCUUCUCUCAGCAAUAGGCUCAAGACGUAUGCCAACUUCCCAGAAGCACCUCAGGAGGAGGCUUCUCUCAGCAAUAGGCUCAAGACGUAUGCCAACUUCCCAGAAGCACCUCAGGAGGAGGCUUCUCUCAGCAAUAGGCUCAAGACGUAUGCCAACUUCCCAGAAGCACCUCAGGAGGAGGCUUCUCUCAGCAAUAGGCUCAAGACGUAUGCCAACUUCCCAGAAGCACCUCAGGAGGAGGCUUCUCUCAGCAAUAGGCUCAAGACGUAUGCCAACUUCCCAGAAGCACCUCAGGAGGAGGCUUCUCUCAGCAAUAGGCUCAAGACGUAUGCCAACUUCCCAGAAGCACCUCAGGAGGAGGCUUCUCUCAGCAAUAGGCUCAAGACGUAUGCCAACUUCCCAGAAGCACCUCAGGAGGAGGCUUCUCUCAGCAAUAGGCUCAAGACGUAUGCCAACUUCCCAGAAGCACCUCAGGAGGAGGCUCCUCUCAGCAAUAGGCUCAAGACGUAUGCCAACUUCCCAGAAGCACCUCAGGAGGAGGCUUCUCUCAGCAAUAGGCUCAAGACGUAUGCCAACUUCCCAGAAGCACCUCAGGAGGAGGCUUCUCUCAGCAAUAGGCUCAAGACGUAUGCCAACUUCCCAGAAGCACCUCAGGAGGAGGCUUCUCUCAGCAAUAGGCUCAAGACGUAUGCCAACUUCCCAGAAGCACCUCAGGAGGAGGCUUCUCUCAGCAAUAGGCUCAAGACGUAUGCCAACUUCCCAGAAGCACCUCAGGAGGAGGCUUCUCUCAGCAAUAGGCUCAAGACGUAUGCCAACUUCCCAGAAGCACCUCAGGAGGAGGCUUCUCUCAGCAAUAGGCUCAAGACGUAUGCCAACUUCCCAGAAGCACCUCAGGAGGAGGCUCCUCUCAGCAAUAGGCUCAAGACGUAUGCCAACUUCCCAGAAGCACCUCAGGAGGAGGCUUCUCUCAGCAAUAGGCUCAAGACGUAUGCCAACUUCCCAGAAGCACCUCAGGAGGAGGCUCCUCUCAGCAAUAGGCUCAAGACGUAUGCCAACUUCCCAGAAGCACCUCAGGAGGAGGCUUCUCUCAGCAAUAGGCUCAAGACGUAUGCCAACUUCCCAGAAGCACCUCAGGAGGAGGCUUCUCUCAGCAAUAGGCUCAAGACGUAUGCCAACUUCCCAGAAGCACCUCAGGAGGAGGCUUCUCUCAGCAAUAGGCUCAAGACGUAUGCCAACUUCCCAGAAGCACCUCAGGAGGAGGCUUCUCUCAGCAAUAGGCUCAAGACGUAUGCCAACUUCCCAGAAGCACCUCAGGAGGAGGCUUCUCUCAGCAAUAGGCUCAAGACGUAUGCCAACUUCCCAGAAGCACCUCAGGAGGAGGCUUCUCUCAGCAAUAGGCUCAAGACGUAUGCCAACUUCCCAGAAGCACGUCAGGAGGAGGCUUCUCUCAGCAAUAGGCUCAAGACGUAUGCCAACUUCCCAGAAGCACCUCAGGAGGAGGCUUCUCUCAGCAAUAGGCUCAAGACGUAUGCCAACUUCCCAGAAGCACCUCAGGAGGAGGCUUCUCUCAGCAAUAGGCUCAAGACGUAUGCCAACUUCCCAGAAGCACCUCAGGAGGAGGCUUCUCUCAGCAAUAGGCUCAAGACGUAUGCCAACUUCCCAGAAGCACGUCAGGAGGAGGCUUCUCUCAGCAAUAGGCUCAAGACGUAUGCCAACUUCCCAGAAGCACCUCAGGAGGAGGCUUCUCUCAGCAAUAGGCUCAAGACGUAUGCCAACUUCCCAGAAGCACCUCAGGAGGAGGCUUCUCUCAGCAAUAGGCUCAAGACGUAUGCCAACUUCCCAGAAGCACCUCAGGAGGAGGCUUCUCUCAGCAAUAGGCUCAAGACGUAUGCCAACUUCCCAGAAGCACCUCAGGAGGAGGCUUCUCUCAGCAAUAGGCUCAAGACGUAUGCCAACUUCCCAGAAGCACCUCAGGAGGAGGCUUCUCUCAGCAAUAGGCUCAAGACGUAUGCCAACUUCCCAGAAGCACCUCAGGAGGAGGCUUCUCUCAGCAAUAGGCUCAAGACGUAUGCCAACUUCCCAGAAGCACCUCAGGAGGAGGCUUCUCUCAGCAAUAGGCUCAAGACGUAUGCCAACUUCCCAGAAGCACCUCAGGAGGAGGCUUCUCUCAGCAAUAGGCUCAAGACGUAUGCCAACUUCCCAGAAGCACCUCAGGAGGAGGCUUCUCUCAGCAAUAGGCUCAAGACGUAUGCCAACUUCCCAGAAGCACCUCAGGAGGAGGCUCCUCUCAGCAAUAGGCUCAAGACGUAUGCCAACUUCCCAGAAGCACCUCAGGAGGAGGCUUCUCUCAGCAAUAGGCUCAAGACGUAUGCCAACUUCCCAGAAGCACCUCAGGAGGAGGCUUCUCUCAGCAAUAGGCUCAAGACGUAUGCCAACUUCCCAGAAGCACCUCAGGAGGAGGCUUCUCUCAGCAAUAGGCUCAAGACGUAUGCCAACUUCCCAGAAGCACCUCAGGAGGAGGCUUCUCUCAGCAAUAGGCUCAAGACGUAUGCCAACUUCCCAGAAGCACCUCAGGAGGAGGCUUCUCUCAGCAAUAGGCUCAAGACGUAUGCCAACUUCCCAGAAGCACCUCAGGAGGAGGCUCCUCUCAGCAAUAGGCUCAAGACGUAUGCCAACUUCCCAGAAGCACCUCAGGAGGAGGCUUCUCUCAGCAAUAGGCUCAAGACGUAUGCCAACUUCCCAGAAGCACCUCAGGAGGAGGCUUCUCUCAGCAAUAGGCUCAAGACGUAUGCCAACUUCCCAGAAGCACCUCAGGAGGAGGCUUCUCUCAGCAAUAGGCUCAAGACGUAUGCCAACUUCCCAGAAGCACCUCAGGAGGAGGCUUCUCUCAGCAAUAGGCUCAAGACGUAUGCCAACUUCCCAGAAGCACCUCAGGAGGAGGCUUCUCUCAGCAAUAGGCUCAAGACGUAUGCCAACUUCCCAGAAGCACCUCAGGAGGAGGCUUCUCUCAGCAAUAGGCUCAAGACGUAUGCCAACUUCCCAGAAGCACCUCAGGAGGAGGCUCCUCUCAGCAAUAGGCUCAAGACGUAUGCCAACUUCCCAGAAGCACCUCAGGAGGAGGCUUCUCUCAGCAAUAGGCUCAAGACGUAUGCCAACUUCCCAGAAGCACCUCAGGAGGAGGCUUCUCUCAGCAAUAGGCUCAAGACGUAUGCCAACUUCCCAGAAGCACCUCAGGAGGAGGCUUCUCUCAGCAAUAGGCUCAAGACGUAUGCCAACUUCCCAGAAGCACCUCAGGAGGAGGCUUCUCUCAGCAAUAGGCUCAAGACGUAUGCCAACUUCCCAGAAGCACCUCAGGAGGAGGCUUCUCUCAGCAAUAGGCUCAAGACGUAUGCCAACUUCCCAGAAGCACCUCAGGAGGAGGCUUCUCUCAGCAAUAGGCUCAAGACGUAUGCCAACUUCCCAGAAGCACCUCAGGAGGAGGCUUCUCUCAGCAAUAGGCUCAAGACGUAUGCCAACUUCCCAGAAGCACCUCAGGAGGAGGCUUCUCUCAGCAAUAGGCUCAAGACGUAUGCCAACUUCCCAGAAGCACCUCAGGAGGAGGCUUCUCUCAGCAAUAGGCUCAAGACGUAUGCCAACUUCCCAGAAGCACCUCAGGAGGAGGCUUCUCUCAGCAAUAGGCUCAAGACGUAUGCCAACUUCCCAGAAGCACCUCAGGAGGAGGCUUCUCUCAGCAAUAGGCUCAAGACGUAUGCCAACUUCCCAGAAGCACCUCAGGAGGAGGCUUCUCUCAGCAAUAGGCUCAAGACGUAUGCCAACUUCCCAGAAGCACCUCAGGAGGAGGCUUCUCUCAGCAAUAGGCUCAAGACGUAUGCCAACUUCCCAGAAGCACCUCAGGAGGAGGCUUCUCUCAGCAAUAGGCUCAAGACGUAUGCCAACUUCCCAGAAGCACCUCAGGAGGAGGCUUCUCUCAGCAAUAGGCUCAAGACGUAUGCCAACUUCCCAGAAGCACCUCAGGAGGAGGCUUCUCUCAGCAAUAGGCUCAAGACGUAUGCCAACUUCCCAGAAGCACCUCAGGAGGAGGCUUCUCUCAGCAAUAGGCUCAAGACGUAUGCCAACUUCCCAGAAGCACCUCAGGAGGAGGCUUCUCUCAGCAAUAGGCUCAAGACUUAUGCCAACUUCCCAGAAGCACCUCAGGAGGAGGCUUCUCUCAGCAAUAGGCUCAAGACGUAUGCCAACUUCCCAGAAGCACCUCAGGAGGAGGCUUCUCUCAGCAAUAGGCUCAAGACGUAUGCCAACUUCCCAGAAGCACCUCAGGAGGAGGCUUCUCUCAGCAAUAGGCUCAAGACGUAUGCCAACUUCCCAGAAGCACCUCAGGAGGAGGCUUCUCUCAGCAAUAGGCUCAAGACGUAUGCCAACUUCCCAGAAGCACCUCAGGAGGAGGCUUCUCUCAGCAAUAGGCUCAAGACGUAUGCCAACUUCCCAGAAGCACCUCAGGAGGAGGCUUCUCUCAGCAAUAGGCUCAAGACUUAUGCCAACUUCCCAGAAGCACCUCAGGAGGAGGCUUCUCUCAGCAAUAGGCUCAAGACGUAUGCCAACUUCCCAGAAGCACCUCAGGAGGAGGCUUCUCUCAGCAAUAGGCUCAAGACGUAUGCCAACUUCCCAGAAGCACCUCAGGAGGAGGCUUCUCUCAGCAAUAGGCUCAAGACGUAUGCCAACUUCCCAGAAGCACCUCAGGAGGAGGCUUCUCUCAGCAAUAGGCUCAAGACGUAUGCCAACUUCCCAGAAGCACCUCAGGAGGAGGCUUCUCUCAGCAAUAGGCUCAAGACGUAUGCCAACUUCCCAGAAGCACCUCAGGAGGAGGCUUCUCUCAGCAAUAGGCUCAAGACGUAUGCCAACUUCCCAGAAGCACCUCAGGAGGAGGCUUCUCUCAGCAAUAGGCUCAAGACGUAUGCCAACUUCCCAGAAGCACCUCAGGAGGAGGCUUCUCUCAGCAAUAGGCUCAAGACGUAUGCCAACUUCCCAGAAGCACCUCAGGAGGAGGCUUCUCUCAGCAAUAGGCUCAAGACGUAUGCCAACUUCCCAGAAGCACCUCAGGAGGAGGCUUCUCUCAGCAAUAGGCUCAAGACGUAUGCCAACUUCCCAGAAGCACCUCAGGAGGAGGCUUCUCUCAGCAAUAGGCUCAAGACGUAUGCCAACUUCCCAGAAGCACCUCAGGAGGAGGCUUCUCUCAGCAAUAGGCUCAAGACGUAUGCCAACUUCCCAGAAGCACCUCAGGAGGAGGCUUCUCUCAGCAAUAGGCUCAAGACUUAUGCCAACUUCCCAGAAGCACCUCAGGAGGAGGCUUCUCUCAGCAAUAGGCUCAAGACGUAUGCCAACUUCCCAGAAGCACCUCAGGAGGAGGCUUCUCUCAGCAAUAGGCUCAAGACGUAUGCCAACUUCCCAGAAGCACCUCAGGAGGAGGCUUCUCUCAGCAAUAGGCUCAAGACGUAUGCCAACUUCCCAGAAGCACCUCAGGAGGAGGCUUCUCUCAGCAAUAGGCUCAAGACGUAUGCCAACUUCCCAGAAGCACCUCAGGAGGAGGCUUCUCUCAGCAAUAGGCUCAAGACGUAUGCCAACUUCCCAGAAGCACCUCAGGAGGAGGCUUCUCUCAGCAAUAGGCUCAAGACUUAUGCCAACUUCCCAGAAGCACCUCAGGAGGAGGCUUCUCUCAGCAAUAGGCUCAAGACGUAUGCCAACUUCCCAGAAGCACCUCAGGAGGAGGCUUCUCUCAGCAAUAGGCUCAAGACGUAUGCCAACUUCCCAGAAGCACCUCAGGAGGAGGCUUCUCUCAGCAAUAGGCUCAAGACGUAUGCCAACUUCCCAGAAGCACCUCAGGAGGAGGCUUCUCUCAGCAAUAGGCUCAAGACGUAUGCCAACUUCCCAGAAGCACCUCAGGAGGAGGCUUCUCUCAGCAAUAGGCUCAAGACGUAUGCCAACUUCCCAGAAGCACCUCAGGAGGAGGCUUCUCUCAGCAAUAGGCUCAAGACGUAUGCCAACUUCCCAGAAGCACCUCAGGAGGAGGCUUCUCUCAGCAAUAGGCUCAAGACGUAUGCCAACUUCCCAGAAGCACCUCAGGAGGAGGCUUCUCUCAGCAAUAGGCUCAAGACGUAUGCCAACUUCCCAGAAGCACCUCAGGAGGAGGCUUCUCUCAGCAAUAGGCUCAAGACGUAUGCCAACUUCCCAGAAGCACCUCAGGAGGAGGCUUCUCUCAGCAAUAGGCUCAAGACGUAUGCCAACUUCCCAGAAGCACCUCAGGAGGAGGCUUCUCUCAGCAAUAGGCUCAAGACGUAUGCCAACUUCCCAGAAGCACCUCAGGAGGAGGCUUCUCUCAGCAAUAGGCUCAAGACGUAUGCCAACUUCCCAGAAGCACCUCAGGAGGAGGCUUCUCUCAGCAAUAGGCUCAAGACUUAUGCCAACUUCCCAGAAGCACCUCAGGAGGAGGCUUCUCUCAGCAAUAGGCUCAAGACGUAUGCCAACUUCCCAGAAGCACCUCAGGAGGAGGCUUCUCUCAGCAAUAGGCUCAAGACGUAUGCCAACUUCCCAGAAGCACCUCAGGAGGAGGCUUCUCUCAGCAAUAGGCUCAAGACGUAUGCCAACUUCCCAGAAGCACCUCAGGAGGAGGCUUCUCUCAGCAAUAGGCUCAAGACGUAUGCCAACUUCCCAGAAGCACCUCAGGAGGAGGCUUCUCUCAGCAAUAGGCUCAAGACGUAUGCCAACUUCCCAGAAGCACCUCAGGAGGAGGCUUCUCUCAGCAAUAGGCUCAAGACUUAUGCCAACUUCCCAGAAGCACCUCAGGAGGAGGCUUCUCUCAGCAAUAGGCUCAAGACGUAUGCCAACUUCCCAGAAGCACCUCAGGAGGAGGCUUCUCUCAGCAAUAGGCUCAAGACGUAUGCCAACUUCCCAGAAGCACCUCAGGAGGAGGCUUCUCUCAGCAAUAGGCUCAAGACGUAUGCCAACUUCCCAGAAGCACCUCAGGAGGAGGCUUCUCUCAGCAAUAGGCUCAAGACGUAUGCCAACUUCCCAGAAGCACCUCAGGAGGAGGCUUCUCUCAGCAAUAGGCUCAAGACGUAUGCCAACUUCCCAGAAGCACCUCAGGAGGAGGCUUCUCUCAGCAAUAGGCUCAAGACGUAUGCCAACUUCCCAGAAGCACCUCAGGAGGAGGCUUCUCUCAGCAAUAGGCUCAAGACGUAUGCCAACUUCCCAGAAGCACCUCAGGAGGAGGCUUCUCUCAGCAAUAGGCUCAAGACGUAUGCCAACUUCCCAGAAGCACCUCAGGAGGAGGCUUCUCUCAGCAAUAGGCUCAAGACUUAUGCCAACUUCCCAGAAGCACCUCAGGAGGAGGCUUCUCUCAGCAAUAGGCUCAAGACGUAUGCCAACUUCCCAGAAGCACCUCAGGAGGAGGCUUCUCUCAGCAAUAGGCUCAAGACGUAUGCCAACUUCCCAGAAGCACCUCAGGAGGAGGCUUCUCUCAGCAAUAGGCUCAAGACGUAUGCCAACUUCCCAGAAGCACCUCAGGAGGAGGCUUCUCUCAGCAAUAGGCUCAAGACGUAUGCCAACUUCCCAGAAGCACCUCAGGAGGAGGCUUCUCUCAGCAAUAGGCUCAAGACGUAUGCCAACUUCCCAGAAGCACCUCAGGAGGAGGCUUCUCUCAGCAAUAGGCUCAAGACGUAUGCCAAGUUCCCAGAAGCACCUCAGGAGGAGGCUUCUCUCAGCAAUAGGCUCAAGACGUAUGCCAACUUCCCAGAAGCACCUCAGGAGGAGGCUUCUCUUAGCAAUAGGCUCAAGACGUAUGCCAACUUCCCAGAAGCACCUCAGGAGGAGGCUUCUCUCAGCAAUAGGCUCAAGACGUAUGCCAACUUCCCAGAAGCACCUCAGGAGGAGGCUUCUCUCAGCAAUAGGCUCAAGACGUAUGCCAACUUCCCAGAAGCACCUCAGGAGGAGGCUUCUCUCAGCAAUAGGCUCAAGACGUAUGCCAACUUCCCAGAAGCACCUCAGGAGGAGGCUUCUCUCAGCAAUAGGCUCAAGACGUAUGCCAACUUCCCAGAAGCACCUCAGGAGGAGGCUUCUCUCAGCAAUAGGCUCAAGACGUAUGCCAACUUCCCAGAAGCACCUCAGGAGGAGGCUUCUCUCAGCAAUAGGCUCAAGACGUAUGCCAACUUCCCAGAAGCACCUCAGGAGGAGGCUUCUCUCAGCAAUAGGCUCAAGACGUAUGCCAACUUCCCAGAAGCACCUCAGGAGGAGGCUUCUCUCAGCAAUAGGCUCAAGACGUAUGCCAACUUCCCAGAAGCACCUCAGGAGGAGGCUUCUCUCAGCAAUAGGCUCAAGACGUAUGCCAACUUCCCAGAAGCACCUCAGGAGGAGGCUUCUCUCAGCAAUAGGCUCAAGACUUAUGCCAACUUCCCAGAAGCACCUCAGGAGGAGGCUUCUCUCAGCAAUAGGCUCAAGACGUAUGCCAACUUCCCAGAAGCACCUCAGGAGGAGGCUUCUCUCAGCAAUAGGCUCAAGACUUAUGCCAACUUCCCAGAAGCACCUCAGGAGGAGGCUUCUCUCAGCAAUAGGCUCAAGACGUAUGCCAACUUCCCAGAAGCACCUCAGGAGGAGGCUUCUCUCAGCAAUAGGCUCAAGACGUAUGCCAACUUCCCAGAAGCACCUCAGGAGGAGGCUUCUCUCAGCAAUAGGCUCAAGACGUAUGCCAACUUCCCAGAAGCACCUCAGGAGGAGGCUUCUCUCAGCAAUAGGCUCAAGACGUAUGCCAACUUCCCAGAAGCACCUCAGGAGGAGGCUUCUCUCAGCAAUAGGCUCAAGACGUAUGCCAACUUCCCAGAAGCACCUCAGGAGGAGGCUUCUCUCAGCAAUAGGCUCAAGACGUAUGCCAACUUCCCAGAAGCACCUCAGGAGGAGGCUUCUCUCAGCAAUAGGCUCAAGACUUAUGCCAACUUCCCAGAAGCACCUCAGGAGGAGGCUUCUCUCAGCAAUAGGCUCAAGACGUAUGCCAACUUCCCAGAAGCACCUCAGGAGGAGGCUUCUCUCAGCAAUAGGCUCAAGACGUAUGCCAACUUCCCAGAAGCACCUCAGGAGGAGGCUUCUCUCAGCAAUAGGCUCAAGACGUAUGCCAACUUCCCAGAAGCACCUCAGGAGGAGGCUUCUCUCAGCAAUAGGCUCAAGACGUAUGCCAACUUCCCAGAAGCACCUCAGGAGGAGGCUUCUCUCAGCAAUAGGCUCAAGACUUAUGCCAACUUCCCAGAAGCACCUCAGGAGGAGGCUUCUCUCAGCAAUAGGCUCAAGACGUAUGCCAACUUCCCAGAAGCACCUCAGGAGGAGGCUUCUCUCAGCAAUAGGCUCAAGACGUAUGCCAACUUCCCAGAAGCACCUCAGGAGGAGGCUUCUCUCAGCAAUAGGCUCAAGACGUAUGCCAACUUCCCAGAAGCACCUCAGGAGGAGGCUUCUCUCAGCAAUAG